AUGGCCCAGAAAUACGCACCCAUUAGCGAUGAUGAUAACAGUAACGAUUUCAUACAACGAAGGAGUAUUGGUAGCGGUGUAGCUGACAAUAAUGAUAGUGGGUCAGAGUCAUCAAAUACAUUACAUAAUCGUUUCCCUAACGUCGCAGAAACCCAGAAUUUUGAUCAAUUCAACACUAUAGAUCGAAUGUCAGAUAAUACAGUCACUACCAAUUUCGAUAUUACAAAUAAUGAUCGGAAAUUUCUAACUGGAAGGUAUAAAAAAUUACUAUGGGAAAAAGGGAAAAUGUUUAUCACUUUAACCUGUAUUGCUAUUACUAUAGGGUGUAUAGCUGGAUUUAUCCAAAUAUUCACUGAGACAUUAGUUAAUUGGAAAACUGGACAUUGUUCCAGGAACUUCUUACUAAAUAAAUCAUUCUGUUGUAGUGAAAUCACCAGCGGGAAUAUGCGGAACGAAUUGUCUUCAAAACGAAACUAUAUUCUUUCAAAAAGAGAAGAGUAUGAAUGUAUAGAUCAAGGAUUAUGGGUGGAGAGAACCGGAUUAAUAUCUCCAUUUAUUAUUUUCAUCGGACUCUCUGUUACUUUUGCAACAAUGAGUACUCUAAUGGUCACAUAUUUAGCGCCCAUGGCAACUGGCUCAGGUAUCACCGAAAUAAAAGUUUGGGUUUCAGGAUUUGAAUACAGAUCUGAUUUCUUAAAUGGGGUGACUCUGAUUGUGAAAAGUAUAGCGCUUCCCUUAGCUAUUUCAGCUGGUUUAAGUAUAGGUAAAGAAGGUCCAUCAGUCCAUUAUGCUACGUGUUGUGGAUAUAUAAUAACAAGGUGGCUUCUCAAGGAUUCAUUAACGUAUUCUACACAAUUCGAGUAUUUAACCGCAGCGAGUGGUGCAGGUGUAGCAGUGGCCUUCGGAGCACCCAUUGGUGGUGUCUUGUUUGGUAUUGAAGAAAUUGCUGCUGCUGCCGAAUUCAACACUUCAACCCUUUGGAAAUCUUAUUAUGUUGCCUUAGUGGGUGUGACAACCUUGAAAAUUAUAAACCCAUUCAGGAACGGGCAGAUUAUUCAGUUUAAUGUGACCUAUGAUAAAGACUGGAGAAUCAAUGAAAUACCAGUUUUCAUUAUUCUAGGUAUAUUCGGUGGUCUUUAUGGUAAAUUCGUUAGCAGCUGGAAUAUCAGUUACGUUAAUUUUAGAAGAAAAUAUUUGUCAAGAUGGCCAAUGCAAGAAGUCAUUAUAUUAGCUCUACUUACCUCUUUUAUUUCUUACUUUAAUGAAUUUUUGAAAUUAGAUAUGACAGAAAGUAUGGGUAUUUUAUUCCAUGAAUGUUUGGAAAACUCGGAUAAUGAAAAUAGUUCGGUUUUUGGUCAUAGAUUAUGUCAACUAGAUGAGAAUACUCACGUAAUGAGCUUCUUGCAAGUUCUUCUCUCAUUGUUGGCAGCAACCUUAAUAAGAUCUCUUUUGGUUAUAAUAUCAUAUGGUGCCAAAGUACCGGCAGGAAUUUUCGUUCCAUCGAUGGCGGUCGGUGCCACUUUUGGACGUGCUUUGAGUUUGAUAGUAGAACGUUUUUUUACCGGAACAGGUGCAAUUACCCCAGGAACAUACGCCUUUUUAGGAGCAACAGCGACCUUAUGUGGUAUAACCAAUUUAACAUUGACUGUUGUUGUUAUUAUGUUUGAAUUGACUGGGGCAUUUAUUUACAUUAUCCCAACUAUGAUUGUCGUGGCUAUUGUGAGAAUAAUUUUAUCGAAUACGGGUGUCGCUGGUAUUGCAGAUCAAAUGGUUUUCGUUAAUGGAUUCCCCUUGUACGAAAAGUUAUGGGAAGAAGAAGAAUUUAUGGAUGACUAUACUGCAGAAGAUGUUAUGUCCUCUCAACUGAUUACAUUAAAGGAAACAACAUAUGUAUCCGAAUUGGAAGCUAUACUUUAUGAUUCUAAUGAUAAAAAAAAUGUAAAGGGCUUCCCAAUUAUUAAAGACGGUGACGAACUUGAGGCAGACCAACGAUGCGUUGGCUAUGUCCUGAGAAAGCAUCUAACGGCAAAAUUGUUAGCUCAAGAUAUAAGUAGUGCUAAUGCCCAUAAGAUACUAAUUAGCUUUACCGCUUCGUCGGAAGAAAGUUUGCAUAAUUCUUCAAAUACUCAAAUUACUCAUAAUAUAUGCUUCAAAGAUAUUGUAAAUACCUCACCAAUAACUGUGAAACCAACUGUUCCUACCUCAUUAUUGUUUACUAUGUUCAAACAAAUGGGAUGUAAGACAAUAAUCGUCGAAAAGGACGGAAUAUUACAAGGUUUAGUUACUGGGAAAGAUAUUUUGAAGUUUGAAAGAACAAAAGCUUGCGAAGUGAUUGCACCUAAAUAUACUUACAACGAAAAGUUGAAUCAAAUAUUUUGGUCAAUGUUGGAACCUAUUAUCAAAAGAGUCUCCAAGAUAUAA